GGCGCACAAGACGCGUAAAUAAGAAGUCGACGGCUGGCAGGCAGCCUUGGGGCCUGACGGGAUUGUGGCGGUCCUCUCUCCCAACUGGGAAGCUGCGGCUACCUCCAGACGCUUUCAAGAUGGCGACCUCUCUGGGUUCCAACACAUACAACAGGCAGAACUGGGAGGAUGCGGACUUCCCUAUUCUGUGCCAGACGUGUCUUGGAGAAAACCCAUAUAUCAGAAUGACCAAAGAAAAGUACGGGAAGGAAUGCAAAAUCUGUGCCAGGCCAUUCACAGUGUUUCGCUGGUGCCCCGGGGUCCGCAUGCGUUUCAAGAAGACUGAAGUUUGCCAGACCUGCAGUAAAUUGAAGAAUGUCUGUCAGACCUGCCUCUUGGACCUAGAGUAUGGCUUGCCCAUCCAGGUUCGUGACGCAGGAUUGUCUUUUAAGGAUGACAUGCCAAAGUCCGAUGUCAACAAAGAAUACUACACACAGAAUAUGGAGCGAGAAAUUUCUAACUCUGAUGGAACACGGCCAGUUGGCAUGUUGGGGAAGGCCACAUCCACCAGUGACAUGCUGCUCAAACUGGCCCGGACCACACCCUACUACAAAAGAAAUCGACCCCACAUUUGCUCCUUCUGGGUGAAAGGAGAAUGUAAGAGAGGAGAGGAGUGUCCAUACAGACAUGAGAAGCCAACAGAUCCGGAUGACCCCCUUGCUGAUCAGAACAUUAAAGACCGAUAUUAUGGAAUCAAUGACCCUGUGGCAGAUAAACUUUUAAAGCGGGCAUCAACAAUGCCUCGUCUGGACCCACCAGAGGACAAGACUAUCACCACACUGUAUGUUGGUGGUCUGGGCGAUACCAUUACUGAGACAGAUCUAAGAAAUCACUUCUACCAGUUUGGAGAGAUCCGGACAAUCACUGUUGUGCAGAGACAGCAGUGUGCUUUCAUCCAGUUUGCCACAAGGCAGGCUGCAGAAGUGGCUGCUGAGAAGUCCUUUAACAAGUUGAUCGUCAAUGGCCGCAGGCUCAACGUGAAAUGGGGAAGGUCCCAAGCAGCCAGAGGAAAAGAAAAGGAGAAGGACGGAACCACAGACUCUGGAAUCAAGCUAGAGCCCGUUCCAGGGCUACCAGGAGCUCUUCCUCCUCCUCCUGCCGCAGAAGAAGAGGCCUCAGCCAACUACUUCAACCUACCCCCCAGCGGUCCUCCAGCCGUGGUGAACAUCGCCCUGCCACCCCCGCCUGGUAUUGCCCCGCCCCCACCCCCAGGUUUUGGGCCACACAUGUUCCACCCAAUGGGACCACCCCCUCCUUUCAUGAGGGCUCCAGGACCAAUCCACUAUCCUUCUCAGGACCCUCAGAGGAUGGGAGCUCAUGCCGGGAAACACAGCAGCCCCUAGCACAUUAUCACCACUCUGGGGCUCUACGGAAGAGAGGGCGCUUAAAAAUCCCAGUAAAUGAAUCUUGGAAUAAAUAUAUUUUUCCUUCCUCUGUAGUUUCCAUGAUAGCGGAAUGUAUUCAGAUGUGGGCAUUGGAGAACAACAGCCAUGCUUUCCUACAUGUGCUCAAAGGAUUGAUGGACCUGAAAUAAGCUGCCAUUAACACAUCUGGUUACUACUAUAACAUUACUAAUAAAGCUUAAUGCCUCUUCCCCUUACCUGUAUGGGGAACAAGCAACUGGGUGAAUCGGAAUGUCCAGCGGAGUUACCAUCCCAAUUAAAUGUUCAUUUUGUAUCUUUUCUGGGGGGAAAAAGUUGACCUGCAGUAACAAAACAACUUUGACCAUUUUUAUGUCCAUUGGAUAUUUUCCUUUUUAUCAUCUAAAAAAAGAUUACUAGUACUAAUCAUUGUAGUGGCAAGAGUGUGAUUUAACGCUUCUAAAGUCACACUCUUAGAAAGACAAGUAGAAACCAGCACCCAGCACAGCCCAGGUUUUUCUCAUCUCUCCUUUCCUCAUUUAUUACUAAAGGAAUCUGGCUGAUAGUUUUACUUCUUUAUGCUACCGAUAAAAGACAAAGAUAAAAAUUACUUUUUAUUCCUGUCAAUCAGAUGGAAACACAAAUGUCAUGGGGCUGUGUAUCAUUGAAGAAACCUGGUGUCUAGGAUGAAAUUAUUUUAAAGAACUUCCAGUAAAACACUUGAACAAACUGUGAAAGAAAAAGAAUUAGAGUGUGUUUGAAUGGAAGACUUGUGACCUAUAGCUGGAACUUUGAUCUUCAGCAUUCACUUUUGUGUGACUUCAGUGUCUCAUUUUAAUUCCCUGCUUCUGGGCAGGGGACUCUGGUCUUAGAAUAUUUGGAUAUAACUGAAUUGUAGAUGGAAAAAAAAAAUUGAUGUUGUGUUGUGGUUUUGUUUUUAAAAAAUUAAAACGGGUCAAUUUUC